CCGGGGCGGCGGGCGGCGUGUCCAACAGCAGCGGUGACGCCUUGGUGACUCGCCUGUCCACGCUGCUCCGCGACCUGCCCACCCUGAAGGCGGCCGUGAUCGUGGCGUGCGCCUUCAGCGCGCUGCUCAUCGCCUGCCUGCUGCUGCGCGUCUUCAGGUCAGGGAAGAGGUUAAAGAAGACCCGCAAGUAUGACAUUAUCACCACUCCCGCCGAGCGCGUGGAAAUGGCCCCGCUAAAUGAAGAGGAUGAUGAGGAUGAGGACUCCACAGUGUUUGACAUCAAGUACAGGUGAAACCUGUUCUCCAGUGUGUGGGUAUCCUGCCCGGUGAAGGAUCUGGGAGCCGCCUCUCCUCCAAAGCAUGGAAACCAAAACAAACAGUUUGUGACGCUCUGGCUCCACUGUGUGUGUCCAACGUCUGCUCUUAACUUCACCAUAAGCUUGGUUCCAAGUCAGCACUGGAGAGUUGGCUCUGCUGCCCUUUGGGCGUCCUUUUCAAAUGUCACCCCUUCCUCCCCCUCCUCUGGGAGGUUUUUUGCCUUACCAAGAGGAUAAGGGUAGAAACAUGUUGAUUAAAAAAACAAAAGUUUUUAAAGCAACUGCUGACGAUAGUAGAACUAUGGUUAGGCGGACUCACAGUCUACAAGGAGCCCGCAGGCCUGCGGCCGUGCGCGUAGAACCCCCUGGAGCCGUGCAAGGAGGUCGCACCCUGCGGCCACCUUUUCACCAGUUCUGGCCUUGCCUGGUGACAGCUGUGUGAGAUUUUACAGCGGAAGUGUGGCUCCUCCAGAAGCCUGCAAGUUAUGGCUUCUUUCUUUCUUUCUUUCUUUCUUUCUUUCUCUUUUCUUCUUUCUUCCUUCUUUAAAGGGUUCGGCAGAAACAGGCAUGGCUAGUUCACAAAGAAUUCCAAAGUUCAAAUAUCAGGGAGAAAAAGGUACGUGUGUGUGUGUGUGUGUGUGUGUGUGUGUGUGUGGGGCACAAGUGUGUAUGUGUGUGCGUGAGUGUGCGUUCAUAGGGAAUCAGUUCCUUCUCUCAGUGGAGUCGACUGCAUUAGACAGCUUGGGAUAGCAACAUGUUUUCUUCUUUGUGCUUUAUAAAAAAUGUUUCUCUGCCCUGUCAACAGUUCUAUGUUGUUCGUCUUAAAAAUAUAAUUAAAGAAAUAACCGUGGUAAUUUCAA